UUAUACUAAGGGCGAUUUGAAGCACUACAUGCAAAGCGAUGAAUUAACCAUGGUUGAUAAACAGUGGGAAUGGAAACGUGAAUUUCCUUCAGCCAUUGAUAGAAUGCCAACACAAUAUAUCCAUCGCUAGGAUGUUGAUUAAUGCCAACACAGUCGUGAAGAGUGAAAAGAUUAUACUAGUGCCUUAUGAAAACCAUCAUGUUCCGAGAUACCACCAGUGGAUGCAAUCUAAGGAGCUCCAACAGUUGACUGCUUCAGAGCCGUUAUCACUGGAGGAGGAGUACCAGAUGCAGCAAAGCUGGAGACAGGAUGAAGACAAAUGCACUUUUAUAAUACUUGACCUUGCUAUAUACAGUCCUUCAGGAAAAGAUGAAGAUGAAAUCUCUGCUAUGGUUGGUGAUGUGAAUCUGUUUUUCAAUGACGAGGAUAAUAAGCAUUCUGCAGAAAUAGAGAUUAUGAUAGCAGAACCCAGUGCAAGAAGGAAAGGCUUUGGAAAGGAAACACUGCUAUGUAUGAUGCAAUAUGGAGUACAAACAUUGAAGGUUCAGGAGUUCACAGCAAAGAUUGGCUUCAGCAAUGUGGCUAGUAUACAGCUAUUCCACAAACUAGGUUUUAAAGAGGUAUCCAGAAGUGAGGUGUUUGAGGAGGUCACUCUAAAGCAUUCUGUAGCAGAACAAGCCUCCACACCACAGACAGGCCUACCUGUCUUCCAAAUAGGGCCUUACCGAUUAAAAUCUUCUUAAUGAA